AAACUUAAAUUAAUAAAAUACAGGGGCCACCCAAAAAGUCCACAAAUGCAAAGACAUUAGAACCUACAUGCCAAAGUGAGGGACAUAGACGUGAGGAGAUGUAAUAGUAAGUGUUAACAUUUCAUUAACCGUUUCUUUUCCCUCUUUACAAUCCAGCCAAUUUCCAAAAAGACAAUCACAAAAGUCUUUCUUACCUUAUUUUUCUCUCUUCCACUUCUCUGUCUCUCCUUCCUCUGUCAUUCCCCUAGGGAACAAACAAGAAUAGAACAUUAGGGAAAAGAAAAAAUGAAGAAAAUAGACAACCCAAGUUUCUCUAAUCAUGCAGUAUUUCGUUUGAUAUUCCAUUGAUUUUCUUCUUGGCAAUGUGCUAUAAUGGACCGCAGGACCCUAACGAUGAACUGGGAUGGUCUUGGAGAAGAUGAUGAUGAUGACAACUUCUUUGAGUCCCGUGACCGGCUUUCAACAGCCAUUCCCUUUGACUUGGCAUCCUCAGGAUCAGACGACGAUGAUGAAUUCGAGGAUAGCCGCCUCUCCUUUGUCUCGACCCUUUCCUCAGCCUCCAUAAAGAAAUUCCAAGGGAUUGAGAUUGAGGCAGUUUCUGAUUCUUUCACCAGCAUGGAGGACUAUGGCAUGUGGAUGGCUGAACCUGGUGAUAUCAAGGAACGUCGAAGGCGUCUCCUUCAAGGCAUGGGGUUAUCAAGCAAUAAGGACCUCCUCAAGCUCAAAAGCGCCAAGAUUGUACGAGCCAUUUCAAGAAAAGUUGAGACCAGCCAAGAUUCCAAACCACCAAAGGCUGAAUAUUCUCCUGCAAAAGAAUUAAAUCCAGAACAACAGCCAUCAGCUUCACAGCCAAUUGUGCUGGUCAGGUCGAGAUCAGACGGAGACAUACAAUAUUUUUCUGUGAAUACCAAGAAAAGGAAAGAGGAGCUAAUUGGUGAAAUCUCUAAACAGCGGCUCACUAGGACAUUUUCAGGUGUUUUGGCACCGAGCUUAGGAAUAUGCAAAUUAGCUGGUUCGGUUAGAAUGUCACACAGAAAGAACACAAGUGGAUCGUCAAUGCAAAAUGGCAGUGAUAUGUCAUCCACAUUGUCGAAUGGGAAUCCUGACGUGGGCUUUGCUUCAUUCUUCUUGAUAAAGAAUUUGGACACUGGAAAGGAGUUCAUUGUCAAAGAGUCUAACGAACAGGGAAUGUGGAAUAAGCUCAGUGAUCUUCAGACAGGAAAGCAGCUUACCAUGGAUGAAUUUGAGAAAUAUGUGGGAUAUUCUCCUGUUGUAAAGGAACUGAUGCGCCGGGUAAAUGGUUCAAGAAAUCAUGAUGAUGAGAGGAAAUUAAACGCAAAUUCAUAUUUGAGUAAAAGCUUCAGAAAUAGCAAGAGAAGGGGAGUUGCUCUUUUGAAGAACAUAAAAGGAGUAGCACAUAGCAUGAGCGGAAAAAUUAUUGAUAAAGAACGUGAGCAAACGGCGCCUGAGGAACAUCAGAAACCAAAUAAGGACUCCUCCAAAUGGAUUAAAGUCCGCCAGCAUGGAAAGUCCUACAAGGAACUCACAGCUAUGCACUUGUGCCAGGAAAUCCGUGCUCACGAGGGCUCAAUUUGGACCAUAAGGUUCAGCUCAGACGCACGCUAUCUAGCAACUGCAGGGGAAGAUACGUUAAUUCAUAUAUGGGAAGUGCAAGAAUGUGAAGUUAUGAAUGACGUACACUCUGUUGUUGGUGCUGCAAGUACCUCACCUACUCAUCCAAUGGCUUGCUCUCUCAGUACCUCCCCUGUUCAUCCAAUUGCAAGGACCAAUUCCGACCGGCCUCCUCUGCCAGAGAUGGGACAUAUGGCAUCAGAAAGAAGGAAGAGGGGGAAGGUCUCCCAUAAGAAAAAGGGAAACUCANCAAAUUCCAAUUUAUGUGAAAGUUUUUCCUUUUUAGUUAGUCCCAUUUACAUACAUACUAACAUGCACUAUCAAACUUGGAUGCAGCUACUUCUUUCAUCUUCGAUAGACAAGACUGUUCGGCUAUGGGAUAUUGAAACUCAAAGUUGCUUAAAAAUGUUCGCGCAUAAUGACUAUGUUACUUGCAUACAGGUCAAUCCAAUGGAUGAUGACUACUUCAUCAGCGGUUCUCUAGACGCAAAGGUUCGGAUUUGGAAUAUACCUGAUCGGAAAGUUGUAGAUUGGACUGAUCUUCAUGAAAUGGUCACUGCUACUUGCUUCACCCCAGAUGGCCAGGGUGCUUUAAUAGGCUCACAUAAAGGCAGCUGUCGUGUGUACACUACCUCCGAAUGCAAACUGGAACAAAAAGACAACAUCGACAUUCAGCCUAAGAAAAAUUCUCAACUCAAGAAGGUCACUGGUUUACAGUUUGCCCCAUGGAACCCAGCAGAAGUGCUUAUAACUUCAGCUGAUUCUCGUAUCAGAAUUUUUGACGGGUCAGAGAUGAUCUAUAAGUUUAGAGGUUUCCGAAAUACAAGCAGCCAAAUUGCAGCUUCGUUCAGUUCAGAUGGGAAGUAUGUCAUAAGUGCAAGUGAAGACUCUCAUGUCUACAUCUGGAAGAGAGAAGAACCUAAGACCCCCACCGGUAAACGUAGAACUUCAGUCUCUGUUCAAGCUCACGAGCGCUUUCAAUGCAAAGAUGUUUCAGUUGCCAUCCCAUGGCCAGGUAGUGUAAAGAAUGAACCACCACUUGUAGAGAUGCACUCAAAAAGGCAUUCAAAACGCUUCCUCCCGCCCCCAUAUCCCACUGUUGGCUCUCCUACAAAAGAAAACCCUGAUGUGGCAAAUAGUAAAAGACAUUUGCCACCUCUACCCAUAAAAGUUAAUGCAUCGGAGAGAGUCCAAAGUAGCCAGGAAGAGGAAGACUUAGCUCAACUUUCUCGGACAGAUUCUGGUAUUGGUCCCAGUGAAUCAUUUGUAUCAGGUUCUUCAUCAACUAGGUUUGGUGAUUCACCUUCUAUAUCUGCAUCCAGCAGCUCACGCUCACACUCUUGGUCCUCCUCCUGGUCUCAAGAUGGUAGUAACAGCAAUGGCAGCAACGUUGUCCAAGCAACAGCAUGGGGCAUGGUAAUUGUGACAGCAAGUUUGGGAGGUGAGAUCAGGGUGUAUCAAAAUUUUGGGCUACCUCUGAAAGCUGGUCGUCAGACCAAUCUCUUUAGAGAUCUGACAUAAAUUGUUGUUGAGGGAACAAAGUGAGACCUAUAUUCUGUUCUUGAGCUUGAAAUUUUUCUAUAAUACUUAGAUGUUUAAGACCUAGUCGAGCUCAAGUUACACUGAACAAGGCAGAAGCGAUUGGCUUCACAAUGUUGAUAAGUAAAUGGGGAAACGGGUAAUUUUUUCCUUUUAGUACCUUUUACAUUAGAAAGACCAAGCAGAGAUCACAGUGUUCAAUGUUCCAAACAAUUGAACAUUUUAACUUGCAAUGUACAAUAGCAUGCAUUUUAACUAGCAUUUGCAAAACUUUGUUUUUUUUAACAAGUGUCUCACAGGUUAGCCGUUUCAA